UGAAAGAUGUGAGAUGUCACCUAAGUACUAAGUAGGUAGCAUAUAGUUGAAAGUUGAAACGACGAUCCGACUGAAUCUUGUCUUCAAUGGCCUAAGUCCUCAGAUCAGAAAGUUGAGAGAGGUUUUUGAAGAAAAGAGAAAUGGACGUGGAGAGAUCGUCGCUGUGCAAUUGCGUGGUCAACUUUCUGUUGGAGGAGAACUACCUUCUCACCGCGUUCGAGCUUCUUCACGAGCUUCUCGACGAUGGCCGCGACGACCAGGCCAUUCGCCUCAAGCAAUACUUCUCCGAUCCCUCCCUCUUCCCUCCCGAUCUCAUCUCUCGCCUCAACUCUCUCCGAGUGGCGGAUCCUCAAACUUUGCUAGAAGAGAAAGAAGCAGCAGAAGAAAAGUUAGCUAUUAGUGAUUAUGAAUUGCGUUUGGCUCAAGAAGACAUCUUAAAACUCAAGAGUGAAUUGCAGAAGAAGGCAGAAAACCUUAAUGAAAUAAAUGCUGCACAGAUAAGUGGACAUGUUUCGGUGAAUGAUGGGCAGCAAAUUAAACAACAAAAGAAGAGUACUUCCUUCACUGAUUUGGGUCCAUUAAAAGAAACUGAGCGUCGAGAUCUUAACUGUGCUGUAAAGGAAUAUUUGCUUAUAGCUGGUUACCGUCUUACUGCAAUGACGUUUUAUGAAGAGGUUACAGACCAGAACUUGGACACUUGGCACAACACACCUGCAUCUGUACCUGAUGCCUUACGUCAUUAUUAUUAUCAGUAUCUUUCAUCAACUUCAGAGGCUGCCGAGGAAAAAUUUUCCCUACUUAGAGAAAACGAAACGUUGCUGAAUGCAAAUAAGAGGCUGAAUCAAGAAAAAGGGAAUUUGUUGAAGAACAAAGAUUUGGCAGAUGCUCAAAUAGUAACAUUAACCAAAUCCUUGGAUGCAAUGCAGAGAGAUCUUAAAGACAAAGAAAACAUGGUGCAAGUUUUGAAGCAAUCCUUGGAGCACCAAAGAAAGGAGAUCAAUGACUGCAGAUCUGAGAUCACUUCCCUGAAAAUGCAUAUUGAAGGGUCUCACUUGGGAAAUAAUCUGGUUGUCAGUGAUGUUAAUAAUGUUCAAUCUGAAUCUCUGGAGAAGUAUAAGGAAGAAAUUAAGAAAUUGCAGAUGGAAAAUGAAUUUUUGAAGGAAAAGAAUACAAGAGCUCCUGAACCUGGAAAUUUUGCUGGUUCUGAAAAUGAAAAUUUACAGACAGAUGAUAAAGUGAUUGAGAUUCAUGAAGACAGAGGUGUAAUCUCUGACUCUGUUGAUGUGGAUUUGGGUGUUGUUCAAAGUGAAUCUGCCCAAUCUCCAGUUGUUCAAACAAUUAAUCAAGAUGCUGAUAAACAUGAGGAUGCAUUGCCUGAGUUAUUCAAUCCUGCAAAUACAAAUAGUGCUUUUGAAAAUAUUGAAAACAUCUCUGAACAAAAUGUUGGGCAACAGGCAGAGGAUAGCAGUUUACUUGUAAAAUCAGACAAUGUGAAUGAUGAAGAAAUAUCUGAGCCGGGGUUAGGAACCAUUCAGAUACUUGCAGAUGCUUUGCCAAAAAUUGUUCCUUAUGUCUUGAUCAACCAUCGAGAGGAGCUCCUUCCCCUAAUAAUGUGUGCAAUUGAGCGCCACCCAGAUAGUAGCACUCGAGAUUAUUUGACCCACACAUUGUUUAAUUUAAUAAAGCGUCCUGAUGAACAACAGAGGCGAAUAAUAAUGGAUGCAUGUGUCAGCCUUGCAAAGAAUGUUGGAGAGAUGAGAACAGAAACAGAAUUGCUUCCGCAGUGUUGGGAACAAAUCAGUCACAUGUACGAGGAGCGUAGACUGCUAGUGGCUCAAUCAUGUGGAGAGCUUGCAGAUUUUGUACGGCCUGAGAUUCGCGAUUCUCUUAUUUUAUCUAUCGUGCAGCAACUAAUAGAAGAUUCUGCCAGUGUUGUUCGAGAGGCUGCUUCUCGUAAUCUGGCAAUGCUGCUUCCACUUUUCCCAAACAUGGAUAAAUAUUUCAAGGUGGAGGAUAUAAUGUUCCAAUUGGUAUGUGACACAUCAGGAGUGGUGGUGGAAACAACUCUCAAGGAAUUGGUUCCUGCAGUUAUGAAGUGGGGGAACAAAUUAGAUCAUGUUUUGAGAGUUUUGCUUUCUCACGUUAUAAGCUCUGCCCUGCGUUGUCCACCCCUUUCUGGGGUUGAAGGAUCUGUUGAGUCAAAUCUCCGUGUCUUGGGUGAAAGAGAGCGCUGGAAUAUAGAUGUUCUGUUGAGAAUGCUGGCGGAAUUGCUUUGUAUGGUGCACCAGAAAGUAAUUGAGACAUGCCCCUUUUCAUCCACUACAGAAACUACCCAAGCUGCGUUAUCCACUGCUUUGCUCGAGUUGUAUGCUAGGGGGCAAGUUGCAUGGGAUGCCUUUGAAUGGAUGCAUGUUGAGUGCUUUCCUAAUUUGAUACAGCUGGCUUGCUUGUUACCUCAGAAAGAAGAUAAUUUACGUAGUCGCAUUUCAAAGUUUCUGUUAUCUGUUUCUGAAAGUUUUGGGGAUUCCUACGUGAGAUGCAUAAUGCUUCCAGUAUUUUUAAUAGCAGUUGGGGAUGACGCUGAUUUGACAUUUUUUCCUACAUCUAUCCAUUCAAAAAUUAAAGGUUUGAGACCAAGGUCUGCUGUUGCUGAUAGGCUCUCUACCAUGGGUGUCCUUCCGCUUCUAUUGGCUGGGGUUUUGAGUGCUCCAGGAAAACAUGAUCAGUUAGCAGAAUAUUUGAGGAAGCUGCUACUAGAAGACAAUUCCAUGCAGAAACCGUCAACCAAGCACACUCCUGAAAUUAUUAAUGCUAUUCGCUUCCUUUGCAUACAUGAAGAAAACCAUGCUAUGAUAGUUAAUAUACUAUGGGAAAUGGUUGUCAGCUCUAAUGCGAGCAUGAAAAUAAAUGCCGCUAAGCUUCUGAAAGUUAUUGUGCCAUACAUUGAUGCAAAGGUUGCUUCAACUCAUGUUUUGCCUGCCCUAGUUACUCUUGGAUCUGAUCAAAACCUGAAUGUAAAGUAUGCCAGCAUAGAUGCAUUUGGUGCUGUGGCUCAACACUUCAAAAAUGAGAUGAUUGUUGACAAGAUACGUGUUCAAAUGGAUGCUUUUCUUGAAGAUGGUUCCCAUGAAGCUACUAUUGCUGUUAUUCGUGCAUUGGUGGUUGCAGUACCACAUACAACUGAAAGACUUAGAGAUUAUCUUUUGUCCAAGAUUUCUCAGCUUACAGCUACGCCAAAUUCAGCAAGUGAUUUGAUGCGUCGACGAGAGCGAGCGAAUGCAUUUUGUGAGGCAAUCCGUGCUCUGGAUGCUACAGAUCUUCCUGCAAAUAGUGUUCGGGACUACUUCCUGCCUGCUAUACAAAAUCUCUUGAAGGACUUGGAUGCAUUGGAUCCAGCACAUAAAGAAGCCCUUGAAAUUAUUAUGAAGGAAAGAUCAGGAGGAACUUUUGAGACUAUUAGUAAGGUGAUGGGUGCUCAUAUUGGCCUUCCUUCAUCCGUCACAAGCUUCUUUGGUGAGGGUGGGUUGCUUGGAAAGAAAGAAUCCACAGAGCCAACAUCAGAAGCAACUGUGUCUCCCAAAGCUGCUACACCCUCGCCAGCAGAAGACACUAGAUUCAAGCGGAUCAUGAUGGGAAAUUUUAGCGAGAUGCUUCGUGGCAAAGCAAAAACCCAAGAGGAAGGUCACCACCAAUAACAUGCAUUUCUGCAUGGUAAUAUUUUGCCCGUUCUGAUCCUUCUGAUGAUGAUGGUCACUGUGGUUUCCCAUAUAUAACAGAAACGGAGACUUGUACAAUUAGGUGAGGUUGGCCACUGUUGUUUCCCAAAUAUCAUACAUUUUUUAUAAAACAUUUUUACAGUGAUUUUUCUGAGAUAGGAGAUGAAAAUAUAGAUAAAUGUUUUAUUUCAGUUUCUUCAUAUAUUUUGCUGUGUAUCAUCUAUUAUUAUCUAUUAGGCCUUGUGUCGGGGACAGGAAAUAUUUGAAAGAAGAGCACGGUAGAAUCUGUGAAUUGUUCAAUGAAUUAUUGAAUGCUUUA